AUGGUGGUGGACAAAAGCAAAAAAAUUUCACUCGUCAAGUUAAAAGAAUUAUUGAAUUCAGUUUUGUCUUCAUCAAAUAGGACAUCAAAAAUUAUUCAAAAAUUUGAUGAUAUAAUAAUACAUUCGGACGUACUUUUUUACACGUGGAAAUUGCUAGCUAAAAAUUAUAUUAAUAUCAAAAACAGUAACGAUAUUUAUGCCCAAAAUGUUAUCGAAUUGUUAGAAAAAAUUUCACCUUCAAAAUGUGAUUCAAAAGAAUACAGCCUGGGAUUAGAUUGUAAAGAAAAAUUUGUUUUAGACGAUUUAUUGUUAAAUAAAUAUAUUGGAAAAGUAUGGCAAUCGUUAAUAAAUAGAGAUUUUAAAUCGCCUGAUAUUCAUAAAAAAGUAUUAUUUUUGUUGAUGGAAACAUAUAUAAAUAGAAUAGAUAAUGCAGUUUUCUUAACUGAUUUUUUAAUGGGAUCAAUGAAUAUUAAGGGAAUUAUUAGUAUUUUAGCACUUGAAGGAAUGUCAAAGCUAAUGCAGAGAUCUAAUAUAGAAUACCCGAAUAUUUAUGGAAAGUUGUACACUAUGUUCGAACCGGAUAUUUUACACAAAAAAUAUAAAUCAAGAUUGUUUUUUUUGGCUGAUAUUUUUCUAUCAUCAAUAUGCUUACCUGAAUCUAUUGUCGCUUCUUUUAUUAAACGAGUUGCUCGUUUAAGUUUGAUCAGUGCUGCACCAGAUAUAAUUAUGAUGUUAAAAUUUAUAAGUAAUUUGAUGAUAAGGCAUCCUGGACUGAAACGUCUUGUAAAUCAUCCUGAUGUAACUGAAGUUUCCGAGGAUCCUUUCAUUGCUAAUGAAAAUGAUCCUACAAAAACAUGUGCCACAUCGAGUUGUCUUUGGGAAAUUGUUUUGUUAAAAAAUCACUGUUUGCCAAGUGUGUCUUCUGCUGCUAAAUUUAUCGACUUUAAUUUACCAUCAAUCGAAUUUGAUUUAAGUGAUGUUUUAAGUAAUAAUUAUGAAAAGAUAUUCAAAACAGAAUGUAAAAAGAAAACGGAUAAGCCAAGCCUAACUUUUGAAAGACCACAAAACUCGAUAGCCAAAUUAAAAGAUGAUAAAUUAUAUAAGCUAUGGUCCCUAAUUGUGUAA